AUGGUCAAUUUCAAGCCCGCUUUGGAGGAAAACUGUGAGAUGGAUUUUGACUCAUGCAGGAUCUGGCUUGGGUGUCUUUCUGUCGCCUUGUGUGUUGUGGCAUGGGGCCUGUCCAAAUCCAGAAGACGAGUCCUCGACAAACCACGCCUCGAUCUCGCUGAGAAGGCGACAACACUCAAACCGACAACAGGAGCGGCACUGGACUAUGGCAAAAUCACCCCUUACAGCGGCAUUCCCAUACACGAUGAACCGUCGUGGCCGCGGGCUUGGAAACCCGGACCAUGGCAAAUGACCAUGGGAAUCCGCAAGCUCGAUGUUGACGACUGGAUCAUAUACGACAGCCUCUUCCUCGACGAGCACAAGCAAAAGUUGAAGAGGUUACAAGAUCCAGAAGUCCGUCCCAUCAUCUUCCAACACCAGGAUGGCACCUAUGAGGCCAGCAAGGAGGCCCUGGGGAUUAUCGUCCAGUACAUUACCACCCGAUACCCGGACAUGUUCAAAGUCGACGGCGACUAUCUCCAUAUACUUCCACUGGGAGAAUCAUACCGAAUACAGGAGCCCUUUGACCGGCAUCCAUUGGAGAUCGCGGGCCUGAUUGUGUAUGAGGAUGUGUACGUGCUGCUGAAGGGACCGGAUGACAUUUACUACCUAUUCUUCCUCAAGCUGAAAGAAGGUGGAGGAGUCCAGCGCAAUAACCAAUUCAUUCAAACAACCCCAGCAAUCUACCACCCAGAACCUCUGGACGACUAUCCCGUCUGCACAUCCAUCGACCAGGUACACAUUCGGAUAGAGCUGCAGAGCCUGAUGAGGAUGCCCGAGACACAAGGACUCCUGUUCACCAUACAUCCGUGGGUGUUGCCGGUCAAAGACCUUGCCAACGAGCCACGCAACCUGGAAUUGUUAUGGAGUCAUGCGCGCAGCUUUCCCGAGUCCUUUUCCAGGUACAAACUCAGGCAUCUAUGGGGCGGUGUUCUGGAGGAGUUUGCCCAAAAGACUCUGGGGAAAGAGGCUCCGGAUCCAGAGCUCGAGGCUGACGCCAACGCCUUUACUUUGCGCCAGCCGCGCAACAUCUCUGUCGCCGAGGCCAACGAGGAGGAAAGUGACGGUUUGGAUGCUACCUGGGACUCCUUGCCGGCCUCGACUCGAAUAAGGUCUCCCUUGACUGGUUCUCCUCCCAGCGAUCAGGCGUCGCAGACGUCGCCAUUCGAUCCGGACGACUCUGUCCGCUCCACAGCUGUUUCGAGAUCCGAGCGCCGAACUCUUUCUCUACAGAUUCAUGGGCAAAGCAGCCGCCGUGAGACAUCAACGUCCAAGUCCACAACAUCUCUGCAUUUCUCUCUGCAGGGCAAGGCUGAUGGAGAGGUAGAGCCCCAGUCUUGCCACUCAAAGUCACCCCCUUCUCUACUCUCCCCGACGGUGCCCUACUUGAUCCAUGGCAUCGAGACUGCUCUAGAGCACGAGCUCUUUCACCAUUAUAUCAACUUUGUGCCGCAAGCCUUCUCCUGGGCCACCAUCCGAAGCGCUCCGUUCCUCUCCAUCUUGAUUCCACUGGUUCUUCGCGAUCGAGGGCUGCUCUACACAUUGCUCAGCAUUGCCGCGACCCAUCUGCUGAACCUGGGCCGUUCAAACAUGAGCGAACCGCGACAGAGAUCCAUCAAGAGCACACGAUGGCAACUACGCGGCAAAGCUCUGAAGUGCCACGCGGAGAAAAUGGCGGCCGUGUCGGUGCCCGCAUUCUCCGACUCCAGCGUCCAGGUCAAAUUAGAUGCGGCUUUGGCGAGCACUCUUCUGCUUCUGCAGCUGGACUGCCUCGACAGUGGCAAGGACGGCCACUGGCGCCUCCACCUGUUCGCCGCGUCGGAGCUUGCUCGUCAACGGGUCAAGGAAGGGUGGAGCGACAAGGAUCCAGACGGCGGAGCACCGGCAAACUCGAGAAACGAGACCGCGGUCCGCUUCUUCCUCCAUCUAUACCGCUACUACGACGUGCUCGCAUGUGUGACGCUCGACGAGCGCCCGUGCCCGAUCGACCCGGUCUACUCGUCCGAGGACAUCGGGAGCUACAGCCCCCUGCCUCAAACGUAUCACAGCUUGCUCUCGAUCUUGACGCAGAUUGUGGAACUUCGCCGGCGGACUCUGCCCGAGCUGUCCCUGGGCCAGUCCACGGUCGACCGGAACCUCGCAGACGUCAACACCGAAGAAUUCAUGAAGAGUCUGGAACUGUGCACGCUGAUUCAAAACUGGACGAUCAAGUCCGAUUCACAGGAAGACCUGAUCCUAGGCGAAGUCUACCGUCGAGCCUGCUUCAUCUUUCUUUAUCUGACCACCUAUCCGUACGGCGUCGCCGAUGCAAAGGUUCAGUGCGCUCUCGAAGAAGGCCUGGCACACCUGGAACUUCUCGCCUCCCAUGAGAUGGCUCUCAAAUGCGCGACCUUCCCCCUCUUUAUCUUUGGCAUAGCAGCCUUGCAGCAUGAUCAGCAAGACAUGAUCAGCAAGGUCCUCGACCUUCGUUUCCAUCAGUCCGGCAUUGGCAACGUCGCCGAAGUCCUCACCUUUCUCAAAGGAUGGUGGAUUCGAGAAUGCGACGAGAAUAAUCGGGCUUUCUGGCUGUGGGAGGAUGAGAUCCGGGCCAGACAGAUGUAUCUGUUUCUGGUGUGA